AUGCCAAUAUUCGGACCGAAGAAGGAUGAGCUAAUCGGAGAGUUCAGGCGGUUAGACUACGCCGAAUUGUGUGAACUGUACUCGGUUAAUAUAGUUGAGGUGAUUUCAUCUCGGCGAAGCAAAUGGGCUUGCAAAAUUGUUGAGCUUGGUAACGAAAGAAUUCCUAAAAGGUUAAUAUUUGCUGUACGAAAUGGUAAACGUCCGAGGGAUAGACCGGAGACUGCACAGAAAACUUAUGGGAUGGUCCGGAUCGACAUAAGAUAUUCAGAAGGGUGCACAUCACAGAAGAGACCCUUAAAUGCCUGGGCGGUGACUACAAAGUGGAACCGGGCAAAGGAGGCGAACGGCACCACUACCUCAGGGAUCACAACAUCCAGACCUACCUCAUCGUCCCGUGGGAGAACUACAGGCCGGUAA